AUGCAAGACGAAGAAAAACCCAGAAGCAUCGUAGAAGUGGAAUAUAUGAACAUCACUAACGAAAACUCAUGGCCCGUGAUAUACCAGAAAAUCGGAAAGGAAAGUCUAGCACAUGGAUAUACUUGUAACGAAGCAAGAAAACCAGAAAAUAAACAUCUUAACAGAUACAGAGAUGUAAAUCCGUAUGAUCAUAGCAGAGUUAUCUUACAACGGUGUGACGGAGAUUAUAUCAAUGCCAAUUAUGUUAAGUUGGAUCGUGCAAACCGCAAAUACAUACUAACUCAGGGACCACUAAAGUUUACCGUUAAUCACUUCUGGUCAAUGGUAUUUCAUGAAAAAACUAAGGCAAUCCUCAUGUUAAACAAGCUGUUCGAAAAGAAUGAAGUAAAAUGCCACCAGUAUUGGCCAAAUCAGUUUAAUUCUGUAUGUUCUUUAAAGGAGGUGAACCUAGAAAUAACCCUUACUAGUGUAGAGAACUUUGGUUAUUACAUAGUUCGCAAAAUUUUGCUUCAUGACACAAUCACCUUAGAAUCCCGAAUGGUGCUUCACUUUCACUAUACAACAUGGCCAGAUUUUGGAGUGCCGAGUUCCCCAAAAAUGUUUUUAGACUUUUUGAAGGCAGUGAGGGCGUCUGGUGCUUUGGAACCCGAUUGUCCUGCCAUUGUACAUUGCAGCGCUGGCAUAGGACGCUCUGGAACUUUCUGUUUAGUGGAUUCGUGUCUGGCAAUUAUGGAAAGGGACGGACAGGAUACCGUCAAUAUACAGGAAAUCCUUAAAGAGCUGCGCCAAAGCCGCAUGGGGCUGAUCCAGACGCCUGAUCAACUACGCUUUUCGUAUCAGGCUAUUAUCGAGGGCUUGAAGAGACUCGCUCCAGAUUACUCGGAAGAGGAUUCGUCACAUAUAUACGCUGCGGUGCCUGAAGAAGCAGAGGAAGCGGGUGGGAGUGAAAUAACACCACCCCCACCGCCACCCAGGGGAGAGAGCUUAGGCAGAAGUGAUGCUGUUGAGUUCAGACCCCUGCCUCCGAUACCCACUAGCACCUCACUUGAUCUUCCUCAUUUCUCUUUGGAUUCGUCCAGCUCAGAAGAGUCUCUACCCUCACCACCGUGUGAAGCCGCGUCGGACGAUUCAGACGAUAACACAAGCAGUCCUGCUGUUGUGCGUAAACGCCGCAAUGUCGUGCUCUAUAAACGAAUCACCGAAAUGAGAAAGCGCGCAAGCGCGUCUGAGGAGUUGCGCGAAACCAAGAGAAGGAAACUUCGUUACGCCGUUCAAUCUGAAACUAUUGACAUCGUCCGUUUCAUCAACGAAGAUUGGGAAACCCCGAGUAGCGAAGAGUCGGAUGAUAACGAGUCGGAUGAUAACGAGUCGGAUGAUAACGAGUCGGAUGAUGACGAGUCGGAUGAUGACGAGUCGGAUGAUGAAGACUGA